AAAAAAAAAAAAACCACUAGUCUCCAUCUCUCUCUUUCCCUGCCUCGAAUGCCUAAAAAGAUAUUAUCGUUUUCUUAUUAUCCCCUAGUUUUUGUUUUGGAGAAGAAGAUCACCCCUUAUUGAUUGACAUAUAUAAAUAUAUAUAUAUACAUAUAUAUACGGGAGAGAGAUUGUAUUUAAACCGGAAAGGAAAAUGAGAUCUCUCAUCUCCAUGAAAAAGGAUGUGGUUUGAGGAUUUUAUGUACUCUGUGAUACUAUAGUACAGAAGACUAGACUGAAUAUAUAAAUAGUUUUGGGCAUUCAGAAGGUAGAAUGGCUGAUGGGAUAUCGAGCUUCUGGGGUCCUGUCACUUCCACUAUUGAAUGUUGUGAGAAGAAUUAUGCCUACUCCUCUUAUAUUGCAGAAUUUUACAACACCAUAUCGAAUAUCCCAAGCAUUCUUUUCGCACUCAUUGGUCUUAUUAGUGCCCUAGUGCAGCGGUUUGAGAAGAGAUUUAGCAUUCUUCACAUAUCUAAUAUGAUACUUGCUAUUGGAAGCAUGUUAUAUCAUGCCACCUUGCAGCGUGUGCAACAGCAGAGUGAUGAAACACCUAUGGUAUGGGAGAUACUCCUAUAUAUGUAUAUCCUCUACUCACCAGACUGGCACUACCGCAGUACUAUGCCCACUUUCCUCUUUCUCUAUGGUGCUGCAUUUGCCAUUGUCCAUGCGGUUGUCCGGUUUGGGAUUGGUUUCAAGGUGCAUUAUGUGAUUCUUUGCCUCCUUUGUAUCCCUCGAAUGUACAAGUACUACAUUCAUACAGAGGACACAUCUGCUAAGCGCCUUGCAAAGUGGUAUGUGGCUACCCUUUUCCUUGGCAGUUUCUGUUGGAUCUGGUGAUCGGUGUUUUUCUGUGAAAAGAUAUCCACUUGGCCUAUCAACCCUCAAGGCCAUGCUUCUAUGGCAUGUUUUUCAUGGGGCUUGAAUUCCUACUGUGCAAACACAUUCCUGAUGUUUUGUCGAGCUCAACAGCCGCGGGGGUGGGCCCCCCCAAGGUUGUCCACUUUCAUGGGGAUUCUUCCCUAUGUGAAGAUUGAGAAGCCUAAAACCCAAUGAAUGGAAUAGAGGAAA